UUGGUUUGAAGGUGCUUAAUAAUGGCGGCCAGCAGCCACCAAAGUUCUCUGGCCGCCGAUCAUUUAAAGCGAUUGUAUGACACCUUAGAAGUUCUUUGUGACCAGCUGAAGGGGAGAGAAACUACGUUUAGGAAUACUGAUAAUUUCAACAGGGAAGAAUUCUGGUUAAAGUUCAAUGCAGUUGCCAAAGUUGUUUCUCACGAAUCUUCCAAGCUGUGUAUGGCACUUGCCCAACCCCCAGCACCAACAGCCGAAGAGCAAGCAGCACUCAUAGCUGGUUUGGAAAAAGCAUGCUUGACCUUUCUUUCGGCAUCCACGGAAUUGCCUAGGUCUCAGGGAAACACGCUUUGUAGCGAAGUUGCUGAUAGUGCAUGGGGAAUUCUAAAAGCUGUACAGAACCUGCUUCAAGUCUUUAUUGUAAUGAGCACAUCACACCUUCAGGCUGUGGGAACAGUGUGGGAAAAAUGCAGUGUCAUUGAACACAUUCCAAAAGAUAAUAAAGAAGCAGUCUCUUCCAUUUUGAGCGGCCAGUAUGGUAUCAUCCAGGAUGCAACAGAAGAGCUUGAAACAGCAAUACGGACAGACGACACAGAAGCUGAAAGUGGAGAAAGAAUUCCUGUGCGUAAUGGCUUUACCCAACCCCGUAGGUCCACAUGGUCCAUGCAAGAUAGACAGUUGCUUUCUCCAGGCUUGGGACUAGUAAAGACAGCACGGAAUACAAUGCGCAAGGUGGUAGCAGCAGUAGGAAGUAGAGGGAAGUGCGACACACUCGAAGAUAAUGAUGAACUAGACAAGGUGGCUGACCUAGUGCGUAUGUCCAGUGCCUAUGUGGAUGAAUUUGUCAUGUCUCUCUACCCACCAGUGUUCACUGUUGCAGUGAGGAACAAUGCUGAAGAGCUCAAAAGGCACAUUUUAUCCAUACUAGAUGCCACGAGGAACAGCCAUUUCUACGACUCAUCGGAAGAAUGGGUUGGGUUCCUUGAAAGUGUUGUUGCGCACAACUAUGCCAAUCUAAUGGAAUGCACUGCAAGAAGUUGAUGAAAUGUAAGGCUUCAGCAAGCACGUGUCAGCACACAAAGAAAUGGGACCUAGUUUUCCAAUGGUGUGGGCAAACUGUACCCGUAGGGAAAUUAUACUAGGCCCACUUUUGGGCAUGGUUAGAGCACCACAAUAAAUUCAACAUAUGCUCAUCCUACAAGUUUCAAUUAGCAUAUUCUUAUAUUAAUCAGAUGUAAUAUGCAUAGCUGCGUUGGAAAUAAUGUCAACAGCACUGCCUUUGUUCUUGUUGGUAGUAACUUUUGGUAGCAAUACCCUCUGAUGCUCGUUACUUGUUAAUGUAACGUCCACGCUGAUUCUACAAACAUAUGUUUGAAAUAGUGGCUUUUUUUUUUUUUUGCUUACAACACAAUGGAUAACUGACAAUACCUAGAGCAAGUGGGUCAACUGUCUGGGCAGCUCUCCAAUUUUCCCUCUCUCCUAUUGCUGGUGGAGGGAUUAGGCAAAUCUGAACAACCUCAUUGGCCCCUCUCUCAAGUGAGGGGAACAGCUAACUUCUGUGUACCCAUGUGGAGAACCAUGCCAAUAGACCUCUCCCUGUUUGUAAACAAAUUACGUCAGAGUGUUCGACAGCGCCACCAAUUUGGUAGAGUUGAACUGCGGUGGAAGGUAGGGGGCGAACAAGGUCACGUCCGAAAGCCACGGUCUUGAGGGGAUUACGAUGGUCCCUGAAAGGGACGUGAUCUUCUGUCCUAGUUUUCUUUCAAUAGGAGGCAGCCAACAAGUGCCCAUUUGUGGAACCCAGCCCUCCCCUUCCGAUGUUUCAGUUUCGGUCUGUCUACCAACGUCAUGAUGCAGUUUCUCAGGUAGAGGUCCAUUUAGGAGUAUCCCCAUACUGCUGGCCUUGUGAGCGGACAUAUGCUCCAUCACAUGGUUUCUCCAAACUUUACCCCCUCCCCUGCGUAAAGACAAACUGUCGUAGCAUAUUGUCUCAUGAACAUUUUCAAUGAGCGUUCAAUCAACGACACAGAUAUACCCCAAGUGAAUACUGUAAACAUAUUUUCAUCCGCGAUGUAUUAAUUUUCACGAAUCGCGCAUUCAGUCACCCGCGAAGUUAUUCGCGCGUAUUUAAUUUCGCUUCAUGACAAAAACCCCCGAGACUGGGAAAAAGACGAAAACAGACGACACAACACAAGUUUUCUUUUUCCCAGUCUCGGGUUUUCGUCAUGGAUCUUAGCCACCAGCUCACUUGCUUUUUAACCAUUUUAUCUGUUUAAUUUCGCGUUUGCAGGGCUGUUUCCUCUCGCGGGAUAAACGUCAAGCUGCGCUCACGAGAGCAAUUUUUCGCGAUUUUUUAGCGGUCGCGAAAUUUGAUACAUCGCGAAUAAAAAUAACGUUUACAGUAGUCUACAUCCUGCCACUGCCGACAUGCAGCAAAAACAGCACAAUGCUAAUCCCCUGAACCACUAAUUAUCUUCAAGCAUGUUCUCCUCCAGGAUGAUCACCCCCAUUACAGGCAUUCAAUCAAAGUUCCUCUUUCAAGUGUCCUAUAGUGCGGUUUGUUUUAUAGCUCUAAUGCCAUGAGCAAACACAUGUGUGGAAUAUCUGUGCCAUGAAUCCUGCAAUACUGCCCAGACUCACGGUUCAAAGACUCUUGGUAGGUCUGAUGCAUUUAUCAUUCUAGAAAGCAAUGGAUACCUGGUAUCACUUUUAUUUUACUUCAAACAUAAGAAGCUGUGUACAAACUGGUGCAGUAAAACACAACAUUCAGCGAGCAUGUCACAGCUUUACUGUCUAUAGUGGAGCUGCUCUUAGAUUGUCUUGGUGGUAAAUGAGGAAGGGCCUCGCUUGUAUUGUUCAAAGGGCUCUUCAAAACAGAGGCAUUCCCAAGUUCACUGCCAUGCAAACGGAAAUGUGUCAGUGGGAUGCUGCAAUCAGUUCCUCAGUGCAUCCUCAGCAAACCAGAAGUGCUCAUAUCUACUGCAGGACUAGCACAAGAACGACUGCACUACCAACACCAAAGCUGCAAUGCAUUCAUCUAAUUUGAAAAGAAGAGUGCAUCAGGUGCACAGAAUUGUGUGACAGGGCUGUUGGAUGAGACUGUUUUUGUGUUGUGAUACAUGGUACUUGAUGGAUGCUCACUGCAUUGAUAACUAAUGGGAAAAUGAUAUUGCAGGGGCUCUCCUAAGAUGAAUUACAUUGUAAUAUAUGCUAUAUGCAAGGCUUGAUCGGAGGCAAUGAUGUUGAAGUGGAUCAAAGUGCUUGUAGGGAAGUAUGAAGUAACUUUUUUUUUUUUUCAAAAUUGUGAAGGAAAAAGAUUACCACUGACAUCCUUUAGCAGUAAAUUAUUGAAGGAUUGGAUCAUAUUUUGAUGUCGGAACUGGCCAAGCAUGGCCAAGGUAUCGAGUGUGGGAGAUUUACACUAUUUCACAUAAAUAACAUUUGUUUCAGAUAGGAACCAAAAAUUUUCAGGCUGUAUCUGGCAUAACAUCGUAAAAAUUGAAGUUUUGCAAGUUGCAAUUUGUGCGCCUUCUUGCAGACGACUUUUUAAAGUUUCUUACCAGUGCACGGAGCCAUGCAGAUGUAAGCAAGAAUAAGUGUCGGAGACAUCAGAAAUUGACGCUGUAGCAAGUGCGGGGAUCAGCUACGACCAAAUUCAUUCUGUUCAAAAUGUGGCAGACUCAUAAUGGAGCGUUGGUACAUGCACAUCUGAAGACAUAACUUAAAAAACAGACAACCUUUAUUAUGAUUUAAUUCUGCCAGCAGUCAGGUGAUAUUCACUUUUAGAAGUCCAUACACUCAAGUACCACUCACUUUACUUUGUUAUCUCUGAAUAAAUAGUGCAAAAUUAAACAGUCAUGAUGUGACAACAAACAUGCAGAAAUGUCAUGCAGAAAUGUCAUGCCAUAAGUGAGUUCACAUGAAAAUACACUGAAGUCAAAGCCAAGAAGCAAUACAGAAAUAAAGUAUACCCUAUGGCAAUUCCUGAUUUGUGUGCACAUUGCACAGACUUGCAAGGCUAAAAAUAUAUAUAACAGGCUGUAAAGAAGAACAUGCCUCACAUAUAGAUUUACAAAGGUUAUAAAUGCUUCUUGUAUGCUACAUGUCUGUGUGCCUAAAAUUUACUGAAUAUAACAGAAAUGUCGAGCAGGAAUAGGCAUGUGUUUUUGUAGCUAGAGCUUAUUCAAAUUCACUUCAGCUUCAAUUAGCCCAAGUGCAACAUAUGAAAUUGGAAUGUCUAAAAUGCAGAUGAUUUUUUUAUUUUAUUUUUUUAACCACAAAAGAUGCACACUAUAAGAACGAGUUAUGUACAAUUGCUGUAACACACAUUGAAGAGGUUGUCUGAUCUAUGUACAAAAAGGCUCUAUCCUUUCAACUAUGGAUUAUAUACAUAAAAUGUUAAGAGCU